AUGGGCCGGCCGAGGAGCGCGCGCCUCGGCUUUCGUAUUCUCCAAGAGAACGGUGACGGGUUCGCUGUCCCUGCUGCUGCUUCAGCUACUGAAAUUGCCGUCUCUCCCCUAGCAGCAGACUUCAUGGACAUGGAGAGCUUUCCUGGACCAAUACGAGACGAUUUCAGCGGGUUCAAUGCACCGCUUCCAUUACCUGGGAUCGAUUUUGAUCAGCACCAAGGCGGACCAGAGGCCGGCCCUUCGUCCUGCAUCCCUUGUAUGCUUCACCAUGGCUUGAACAUAGACGGCGAGACGGGUCCGGCAAACGAACCGGCGACAACUCGGGCGACGAAAAAGUGCAGCUGUGUUGAGCUGGUGAACCAGCACUUCUCCCUUCUGGAGGAUUCAGCAGAGUCGUUCCAAACCCUCAAAGCCCUGCAACAAUCUACAAAGUCUGCAGAAUCAAUUCUGGAAUGCGACGUGUGCUUCGGACCUGUAUGCCAGACCCUCGGCACAUCGAGAAAUAUCAAUCUUCUUGGCUCUCUCAUGUCCAGCAUCAUCUCCACGUAUGGGGCAUUUUUCCUGCACCAGAAACGACGUGCGGAGCAGUGCUCUUAUGGCGGCGAGCCUCUUAAGCUUCUCAUCGGCCAGCCGCCAGACCCAGCGAGCACCGUCGAGCUUUCACUUGAUGGACAGAGUUAUAGCAACAUGAUUAAGGCUAGUAUAGGGAUAGAGCUCAAGAGGCUCCUGGAGUUGAUGAAUGCGUUUGCAGAGAGGCAGACGCGCCUGCACAAUAAUGGGCACGAGGAGUGUCAGAAGGAGGCCUCAUGCCAGAACAUGAGUGACCCCUUGGAGGGCAAACAAUCAGAAGAGGAGGUGUGCCCCCAAAAAGUGGACAUUACCAAGAUGUUUGCCUGCUUCCGGACAGUCGAUCAAGUCCGCGCAGUGAUGGAGGAGACGCAGAAGAUCAUCAUGAGCUGA